GAGGCGCAGCCAGCCGAGCAGGAGCGGCUCGCUGAGAGGGGGCCGCCCGAGGUAGUUACAUCAUGCAACGGUGGUGAGGUUUAUAUUGACGAGGAGCCGUGCAAGAGCCACCUUCAGAGUGUCUUGGACAUGGUUAUCGACCGCUUGCCACCCCUUAAGUUGUUGGCUUUGAAGGAGGCGGUGCGAAACUACUCGGUUCGCUUUGGUGGCCUUGUGACGCGUGCUUCGGCGUGCACGGGCUGCGAUAUCAAGGCGAAGGUCGACGGCUUGUUGAACGCGUUCUACUUCACUCACUUUGAUUCGAGGGUCGAUAGUGUACAUUGCUUGCGGUCUGAAAUCAAUAUCAAGAAGCCGUUAUUCAUCAGACAGAUGUUCAAUGAUGCUACUUUCAUCGUUGGGGACAUGAAGGGCCUUCAGCAGGACAUGGUGCGUGAUUGCAUUUCUGGCACGGAUAGGGUGGCCCCCCACUUCGUUAGCUUUGACGUCGGAUUUCCGUGCAAGAGCCGCACGCCCUUGAGUGCCAAGUGUCGCGAGAACUUGAACUGCUGCCAGAAAGACACAGCCGAGACAGGCAAGGCCGUCAAUUGCAUCUUCAAGAUCGUGGAGAAGAAUUGGCCAGAAGAAGUAUUGAUGGAGUGCGUCGUCAAUUUAAUGCAGGUCGGCGAAGGUUGCUUGAUAUCGGACGCGGCUUGGAUCACGCAGCAGUUGUCCGAACGGGGCUAUUGGUGCAUCGACACGGUGGUUCAGGCAUUGAAGCAGGGGUCCCCAGUGCCGCGCGAGCGUAUUUAUUGGGCCGCUGUCAGGGGCAUCCCGAAGGAGAAGUACGUCGAGGCAAGCCACUUCUUCUUGGACAUCCUGCAUGCCUUCAACGUCGGUGAGAUGACGCCCGCCCAGUGCAAUGAGGUGUUCUUGAUAAAGAAGACUCAGCUCAGGGAGGGUAUCUCGGACUCAUGCGGCCUCCCAGUUUAUGCAGGCACGGGCCUGAUGUCGAACCAGUCGAAAGGCCCGAAGGCCAGCGAGCCGAACUACAAGACGGACCACCACCAGAUCUUCACUGCGAGUGGCUUCGAGUGGCCCGUGAAUUGGGAUGGGCCACGCGGUGCGGACGUACCCCCAGAUGGGUUGUAUGCGAGAGAGCGGGAGUCUUUGGCCUUCUUGCACUGGAGGUUUCCAUUCGAUGUUGCGAACGGUGCUGAGUAUGCCGAGUUCAUCGAGAUCAACACUUCUCUGCCGCGUCUCCUUCAGGGUUGCGUGGAGCCCGACUCGGAGUACGAGCGCUUCAAGAAAAGCCCGUGGAGGCCGACACCUGGCACAUUGAUCGGCAGUGGCAAGAUUGCAGUCAGGUAUGCCUAUGAUGGUGCUAUCGUCGUGAGGUUAUUGGAGCCAGUGGAGUAUUUGCGGUGCAUCGGCUGGGGCUCCUCUUUCUGCGAGAUGCAGUUGUUCAGCCAGAGCGCGAUGCACGCCCUCAACCCGCCUCUCACGCAGGCCUCUUACGCAGACCUGAUCGCCGACAUGGCGGGCAACGCGUGGUCGGCGUACUCCUACGCCGCCGUCAGGACAGCAUUGAUUGCGACGUCGGGCAAGUACGUGCCAGCGCAGGUGGUGGAUUUGUCCAGCGUCGAUGCCGCCGACGAUGUGGGUGCGUCCGAGGACGCGACGAAGGCUGGCGUCGACCCUGAGGGCGACGG